AGUCAUUCAUAUCCACCCAUUAAGAAGAAUAUCAGUACCCCCACUUCCAGCCCGUUCUGCCGUGUGUUUUCUCCUGUCAGUCUCUGUCAGUAACCCCGCUCCGCUUCCUUGAUAGCACACCUCUGUUUCUCGGGUCUCUACUUAUAUUGUUACUCCGGCUCGUGCGGGUUUCUUCUGUGGGUACCAUGCAGAAGAGAAGGAAGCCAGAGCCGAUCAAACUCAACCCGAUCCCCGAUGGAAACACGAUCAACGGAACCGGAGCCACGGAAACAAACUUGGAGGCGCUGCAGAAGAAACUAGAGGAGCUUGAGUUGGAUGAGCAGCAGAGGAAACGCCUGGAGGCCUUUCUGACACAGAAGCAGAAGGUGGGAGAGCUGAAGGACGAUGACUUUGAGAAGAUCUGUGAGCUCGGAGCCGGCAACGGAGGAGUCGUCUUCAAGGUGUCUCACAGACCCUCCGGUCUGAUUAUGGCGAGGAAGCUGAUCCACUUGGAGAUCAAACCUGCCAUCAGGAACCAGAUCAUUAGGGAGCUGCAGGUGCUGCAUGAGUGCAACUCUCCAUACAUUGUUGGCUUCUAUGGAGCUUUCUACAGUGAUGGAGAAAUCAGCAUCUGUAUGGAGCACAUGGACGGUGGCUCCCUGGAUCAGUCUCUGAAGAAAGCAGGCAAGAUCCCAGAGCAGAUCCUUGGCAAAGUCAGUAUUGCUGUCAUUAAAGGGCUGUCGUACCUGAGGGAGAAGCACAAGAUCAUGCACAGAGAUGUAAAGCCCUCCAACAUCCUGGUGAACUCCCGUGGUGAGAUCAAGCUGUGUGACUUUGGAGUGAGCGGACAGCUCAUAGACUCCAUGGCUAACUCCUUUGUGGGCACUCGCUCUUACAUGUCUCCAGAGCGUCUGCAGGGCACUCAUUACUCAGUCCAGUCAGACAUCUGGAGUAUGGGUCUGUCCCUCGUUGAAAUGGCCAUUGGACGAUUCCCCAUCCCACCGCCUGAUGCUAAUGAACUGGAACAGAUUUUUGGCUUUCCGAUGGAAGGAGAGGCAGCCUCCAGUGAAUCCUCCCCAAAGCCACGCCCUCCUGGACGACCAGGCAGCUCAUACGGACCUGACAGCAGACCACCGAUGGCUAUAUUUGAGCUGCUUGAUUAUAUUGUCAAUGAGCCUCCGCCUAAGUUACCAGGGAUAUUUAGCUCCGAGUUCCAGGACUUUGUGAAUAAAUGUCUGAUCAAAAAUCCUGCAGAGAGAGCAGACCUCAAACAGCUGAUGGUGCAUCCUUUCAUCAAACAGUCUGAGGCAGAGCAGGUUGACUUUGCAGGCUGGUUGUGCAGUACGAUCGGACUCAAUCAGCCAUCGACACCCACACAUGGGACAGCAAUGUGAGACCCCAUUCUCAGAGAACCCCACAUUCCAAGUUCCCCUGGAUUUGUAUUUAGGGUGAACUAUAUAUUUAUAUUGGAUAUGUAUUUACAAGUUGUGCAAUCAAUAGAUAAAUAUUUAGUUUGAAACCAACAUGCCAAGUAAAUUCAAGUCUUUAUUGAACAAAUCUUUGGGCUACAUUAAAGGCCUGUCUAAAAGCCAUGUUUUCUAAUGAUGGGAUUAUUUAAUCAUAAAUGCUGCUAAACCUCUGUGCUUGAUAUUCCUCUUUGCCUUGUACCCUCACUGCGCCACAUUCAGAUCUAUGCUUGCUUUUGUGAAAAAAUUGUCUUGUGAAUUAAAAUAUUUUGCAGAUCUGAGUGACGUGUUUCAGAGAUAUGAUCUCUUCUGAUUAAAA